AUGCUGGCGCUGGGGCAGAUGGACGGCGCGCCCCGGCAGGGCGCCUUCCUGCUGGGCAGCCCGCCGCUGGCCGCCCUGCACAGCAUGGCCGAGAUGAAGGCACCGCUGUACCCCGCGUACCCCCUGCCCGCCGGGCCCGCCUCCUCCUCCUCCGCCUCCGCCUCGCCCGCCUCCGCCUCGCCCUCGCCGCCGCUCGGCUCCCCGGGCCUCAAGGCGCCCGCCGCCUCCGCCGCCGCCGCGGGCGGGCUCUCGGCGCUGGGCACGGCCCCGCCGCAGCUCUCGGCCGCCACCCCGCACGGCAUCAACGACAUCCUCAGCCGGCCCUCCAUGCCCCUGCCGGGCGCCGCGCUCGCCUCCGCCUCGCCCUCCGCUUCCUCGGCGGCGCCCGCCGGGCUGCUGGCCGGGCUGCCCCGCUUCGGCAGCCUCAGCCCUCCGCCGCCGCCGCCGCCCGCCCUCUACUUCAGCCCUGGCGCCGCCGCCGCCGCGGCCGCCGUGGCCGCCGGGCGCUACCCCAAGCCGCUGGCCGAGCUGCCCGGCCGGACGCCCAUCUUCUGGCCGGGGGUGAUGCAGAGCCCGCCGUGGAGGGACGCCCGCCUCGCCUGCGCCCCCCAUCAAGGCUCAAUAUUGCUGGAUAAGGACGGGAAGAGAAAACAUACAAGACCCACUUUUUCUGGCCAGCAGAUUUUCGCUCUGGAAAAGACUUUUGAACAGACGAAAUACCUGGCGGGCCCGGAGCGAGCCCGGCUGGCGUAUUCCCUGGGGAUGACGGAGAGCCAAGUAAAGGUCUGGUUCCAGAACCGACGGACCAAGUGGCGGAAGAAGCACGCGGCGGAGAUGGCGACGGCAAAGAAGAAGCAGGACUCGGAGACGGAGCGGCUGAAGGGCGCCUCGGAGAACGAGGAGGAGGAUGAUGACUACAACAAGCCCCUGGACCCCAAUUCGGACGAUGAGAAGAUCACGCAGCUCCUGAAGAAACACAAGCCGGGGGGCGGCGGGCUGCUGCUGCAUCCCUCGGAGGGGGAGGCCUCCGUCUAGCCUGCUUCGCCCUCCGCCGCGUUCGGAGAUGUACAGAUCUAUUUUUCUAGACUCUACGCGCCCGGAGGAGGAGCAGACGCCGGAGGGAGC